UUGGAUUUGACGAUCACCAGCAACAUGCGAUCCGCCUUGCUUCGAAGUGUGGCGCUGCGUCCGUCGCAAAAGGCACAUAUGCCCAUGUGGAUGGCCGCGUUUUCGUCAACAACGGAACCUGUGACCCCUGCCGCGCGCAAAUUGGCAUUCAAGAAGAAGCUCGACGAAACGCGUGCGCAGGCGUUGCUGGGAGGUGGGAUCAAACGCCAAGAAGCCCAACACAAGAAGGGAAAGCUCAGCGCCCGUGAGCGCCUCGAACUGUUGUUGGAUGAAGGCACGUUUCGUGAAUAUGACAUGCUCAAGACCCAUCGAUGCAAGGACUUUGGCAUGGAAGACCAACAGUACCCUGGUGACGGUGUCGUGACCGGUCACGGUCUCAUUAACGGCCGAUUGACGUACGUGUUUUCCCAAGAUUUCUCCGUCUUGGGUGGCAGUUUGUCGGAAACGUACGCCGAAAAGAUCGUCAAGGUCAUGGACAAGGCGUUGAAGAUGGGUGCGCCCGUGAUCGGAUUGAACGACUCCGGAGGUGCCCGUAUUCAAGAAGGUGUGGCGUCCCUUGCCGGGUACGCUGACAUUUUCCAGCUGAACGUCAUGGCGUCCGGCGUCGUGCCGCAGUUGACCAUGAUCAUGGGGCCGUGCGCUGGCGGUGCUGUCUACUCGCCCGCCAUGACAGACUUUGUCUUUAUGUGCCGCGACACGUCGUACAUGUUUGUCACGGGCCCGGAUGUCGUGAAGACUGUCACGAACGAAGAAGUAACCCAGGAACAGCUCGGCGGCGCCGUCACCCACACCAAGACGUCCGGCGUGGCGCAUAAGGCGUUCGACAACGACAUCGAAGCUCUCCGUGAACUCCGCCGCUUUUUUGACUUUUUGCCGCUCAACAACAAAGAAAAGCCACCCAUCAAGGAGACCGACGACGACCGCUUCCGCCCCGUCCCGACGCUUGAAAGCAUCGUCCCGCCCGACCCGAACGUUCCGUACAACAUGCACGACGUGAUUCACCAACUUGUCGAUGACGGAGACUUCUUUGAAAUCAUGCCCGCUCAUGCCAAGAACAUCCUCGUCGGUCUCGCUCGCUUCGAAGGCCGCGUCGUGGGGAUUGUCGCCAACCAGCCCAUGGAACUGGCCGGCUGCCUCGACAUCAACUCGUCCGUCAAGGCCGCACGCUUCGUCCGAUUCUGCGACUCGUUCAACAUCCCGCUCGUGACGCUGGUCGACGUACCAGGUUUCUUGCCCGGUACGGACCAAGAAUACCACGGGAUCAUUCGCCACGGUGCCAAGCUCUUGUACGCGUACGCCGAAGCGACCGUGCCCAAGAUCACUGUCAUCACGCGCAAGGCGUACGGUGGCGCUUACGACGUCAUGAGCUCGAAGCACUUGCGCGGCGACGUCAACUAUGCGUGGCCAUCCGCUGAAAUCGCUGUCAUGGGUGCCAAAGGCGCGGUCGAAAUUAUCUUCCGCGGCCAAAAUGUCGAAGCCAACACGGCCGACUACGAAGAAAAGUUUGCCAAUCCCAUGGUGGCUGCCCAGCGUGGUUUCGUCGACGACAUUAUCGAGCCCACAACGACACGUCUCCGAAUUUGCGAAGACUUGGAUGCGCUCCAGACAAAGUCGCUGCAAAACCCAUGGAAAAAGCACGGCAACAUUCCUCUCUAACGUGCCCGACCGGCAUCGUCUGCUGCGGCACCGCAGCAACAUCAAUCCAAUAUAUCUACCAAACCCGUGUUCAUGUGGCACGUCGGUCAUCGUGCAUCGAUCGGCGCUUCCACACACACAGACGAGUGGCUCCAUGUCGAUAUGUCGCGUGCUUUGAUGGAAUCGACGAGAUCGCAUGUAUUCGACCGUCAUGGCGUGUCGUCGAAAGCAACGACCAUCGCAAACAAAUUGUCGCUGCUGCCAUGGACAAACGCUUCGAUGACGACAUCGGCCGCGAUCGCGUACAGGUCGUCGCCGUCCACGACGAUGCGGUCGGAUACAAAUCGUCCGACGGCGGCGUUGUCCAUUGUUUCCCACACGCCGUCGGAUGCGACGACGAAAAAGCCCGUCGGCGGCAGGUUGACGUGGGAAAUGGAUGGAUCGCAGCUCACGUACUGGCUCAAGUGUCGGUCGCCGAGUGUCCGCGAUACCGCCAGCUGCCCCAUGACGCGCCACACACCGACAUACGAGACAAACCCUGUCCAUUGCAUCAGAGGGCGACGUGGGCGACAAUGUGUACCUCCACUCGACUCGAUUCGUCGGCGCUCGUCUGGGUCGUUGGGCGAAUGGUCUUGAGUCAGCUGCAUGGCAUCGACAUGCAUCGAGCUUGGCUCCUGGCCAUCCAUUUGUGUCGGCGGCGUGUACAGCACAGCGCGAGAGUCGCCGACGUUGGCCACGACGAGCCGCCGUUCCGUUCGAAAAUGCACUAUCAAGGUACACGUGGUCCCAGAAAAGUCGUCCUCCGCCGCCUGUGCCAUGAAUGACGCGUGAAGAUCGGCCAGAGUUUGACGGAUC